UCGGUGCACCCUGAAAAAGAAGUCCCUGACUCUCCAUUGGCAGCAUGAGAAGCGCCGUAGUUCACACAAAUCCGCGGGUUCUAGCGAGGGCACGCACGGAGACUGCGCAGAUCUCCUCGUCUGAGUUCUACGGCACUCAUUGUGAGUACCGGGACUUUAGCCGGAAGGAUUUAAGAACCGUUCCACUUCCGGUAACACCGGAAGCAGUUCCAAGAUGGCGACCUCCAUAGCAAACGGGCUAGUCCGGCGACUGGGAAGAGUGGAUUUCGUAACCAGAAGCAGAAGCAGGAGAACCGAGAUGAGUCAGAACUCCUCGCUGUACCUGAUGGUUGGGAGGAUCCAGCUUUUUCCAGAGGACACCUGGGAAGCCGUUUUGCAUCUCUGUUCCCAAAUACAGAGAUUGGCAAAACAUGUUAAUGCAACCCUGGACCUGAUCGAGGGCAGCAUGACUGUUUGUACAACAAAGAAGACUUUUGAUCCAUACAUCAUCAUUAGGAUCAGAGACCUAAUAAAACUAUUAGCAAGGAGUGUUUCGUUUGAAUAGCUUCUAUUGAAACUAAAAUUGAUGUGGCUGCCAUCAAGGAAAAGGUUAAGAAAGCAAAGAUUAAGAAACUGGGAGCUCUCACAGCUGAAGAAGUUAAGCUUAAGAUGGAAGCAGUUGAGAAGGAAAAAAAGUAAUACACACACAUACACACACAACCUGAACUAGAACCUACUAAGCUAUCUCUUUUUAUAAAGUACUUUGAGAUACUAGGGCAUUAGUUGCCUUAUGUGUAAGAAGUAAUAUUCUAAUUUUUUUUCUGAAUGUGUUUUUCUUUAUGAGAGUAUUUAUAUGUAUGGCUAUUCUUUAUAAAUAUAAAUUAUUGUAUUCUCCAUGUGCUUUUUGAAAAAUGUACUAGAGAGCAGUAUAUACGUCUAUGUAUAUUGCACCUAAUGUAUUCUAGGCAGGCUUUGUCUAGCAUGAUUUUAGGAGUAAUU